UUAGUGUAAUAAUUGGAUCACUUUCAUAGAAAGCAACAAGCAUCGAAUUAUUGAUUUAUUUGUCAGCAGUUUCUCACUUUGUUAAGAACCAGAGAGAAAGAAAGAGAGUGAAUUUUGUAGGAAAAAAAUGGUGAUGGAAGAAGGAUGUCAAACACCAAGAAGCCCAGAAGCAAAGGUAGGUAUGCAAGUGGAAGAUCUAUGGGAUGUACAAGAACCACAGCUUAGUCCUACUGAGAAGCUCAACGCUUGUUUCGAGAACAUUCCUGUUUCUGAUUUUCCUCCUGCUCCUUCUAAUCAAGUAAUUGAGAUAAGAUCAGAUGCAACUUUGGCCGAAGCUGUUAAGUUACUAGCACGGCACAAAAUACUAAGUGCACCUGUUGUGGAUGUUGAUGCCCCUGAAGAUGCUAGUUGGAUUGAUAGAUAUAUUGGCAUCGUGGAAUUUGCCGGCAUUGUGGUAUGGAUCCUGCAUCAGUCAGAAAAGAUGGAGGGCAACUCUGCUUUUGAUUCUGUAAUUGAUGGAACAGAUGAUACACUUAGCCCUGCAUUGGCAGCAGCUGUUAAUGGAGUCUCUUCUCCGAGAUUCAGAAGUUUGCAUCCUGAAUCUCCAACUGCGACUUGUGGAAACUUUUUUGAGACAUUAACUUCGUCAGAUCUCUAUAAGAAUACAAAGGUUCGAGACAUUUCGGGUUCAUUCCGCUGGGCUCCAUUUCUGGCUUUGCAGAAAUCAAACUCCUUUCUGACAAUGCUUCUCUUGCUGUCUAAAUACAAAAUGAAGAGUAUUCCUGUGGUUGAUUUAGGGGAAUGGAAGAUUGAUAACAUUAUAACUCAAUCUGCUGUUAUACACAUGCUAGAAGAAUGUGCUGGUCUUCAUUGGUUUGAGAGCUGGGGUUCUAAGAAAUUAUAUGAACUUGGCCUCCCUUUAAUGAAGCCAAGUAGCAUCAUUCAGGUGAAUGAGGAUGAACCGGUACUGCAGGCAUUCAAGCUGAUGAGACAGAAGGGAGUUGGAGGAGUCCCUGUUGUCGAAAGUGGUGGAAGGAAAGCUAUUGGUAAUAUAAGCAUCAGAGAUAUUCAGUUCCUUCUCAUUGCUCCUGAAAUCUACAAGGACUACAGAUCUAUAACAGCAAAGAACUUUCUGACAUCAGUUCAAAGCUAUCUGGAGAAGCAUGAGAAGCACUCCCCAUAUUUAAGUAGCAUGGUUACUUGCAGAAGAGAUAACAGCCUUAAAGAAGUUAUCAUGAAGCUGGACUCAAUGAAGAUACACAGGAUCUACGUCGUAGAUGACAAGGGAAAUCUCGAGGGGGUACUCACACUUCGAGACAUAAUCUCAAAGCUAGUUCACGAACCUCGUGGUUACUUUGGUGAUUUCUUUGAUGGAGUUUUGCCAUUGCCAGCAAAUAGCAGGGUCUAAGUCCUAAUAACAACUUUAAGAACUUAUGCUGAUCUUUUACUUCUCUAGUGAACUGAAUAAUUCUAACAUGUGUGGAGUUUGUUUAAAUUUUGGUUUUCAUUCAAGGUGAGUUUCUUGUAAUUUUGGAUUGUUUCUUACAAGUGGAUUCCUUUCUCUUGUACACAAGACCCUUCUUGGUGCUGUAGAAAUUGAAAGAAAUGCAAAGGCUUUUUUUCUACUCUA